AAAAGAAGAAAAAAUAAUUAAUAAAAGUUGUGUGAAAAUGAAAUUUUCACAGUGUUUGGUGUUAUUGAUAUGUUUGAUGAUACCAAAUUAUGUCAUGGCCAUUUGUUGGUCUGAACCUGACGGUACAUUUCUUCCCGAUCCUGAUUCGCGAACAGAUUUUUUCUACUGCAGACUAGGAAGCGCCAUCAGAGCUUCAUGCCCACAGGGUAUGGAAUUUGACCCUUUCCUUCGUAUCUGUGACACAGUUGUGCAAACACUUCCACCAGUAACAAGUAAUCCAUGCCAAGGUGUUCCAGAUGGAACUUUUCUACCCGAUCCAUCAUCGAGACAAAGAUUUUUCUAUUGCAAUGGUGGCGAAGCUAUACCAGGUCAAUGUGAUCCAGGAAAAGAAUUUUUCCCAAAUGAGAGUAUCUGUGACAGUGCACAAAAUCCUCCAAAUCCACCACCUACCCAACCCCCACGCGGUCCAUGCUUUAAUCGUCCUGAUGGCAUCUUUCUUCCGGACCCUUCAUCGAGACAAAGAUUUUUCUUCUGUUCAGGUGGGGAAGCACUUCCAGGCGAAUGCCCUCAAGGCCAGGAAUUUUUCCCUGAUGAAAGCAUUUGUGACAAUCCAAGAAUUCAAACACCUGAACCUCCCCCAAUUCAACGUGAUCCAUGCUUUGGCCAGAUAGACGGUACCUUCGUACAAAAUCCCGAGUCAAGAGAAGGUUUCUUUUGGUGCAGUGGUGGGAUUGGCACUCCAGGAAUAUGUCCUGACGGAAAAAUUUUUGAACCUCUGUUACAAAUUUGUGAUUUCGAUGACGUGACUACGAGACCUCCUCCAUUACCUACCACACGAGCUCCACCACCAGUUCCAACACGACCUCCACCAGCCGUCCCAACACGAGCUCCGCCAGGUGCUCCGACAAAAGCUCCACCUGCCGUCCCUACAAGAGUUCCACCAGGUGUUCCGACAAGAGCUCCACCUGCUGUUCCUACAAGAGCUCCCCCAGGUGGUCCAACAAGAGUUCCCCCAGGUGGUCCAACAAGAGCUCCCCCAGGUGGUCCAACAAGAGCUCCACCAGUCAGUUCGGGAAAAUCUUCAGUGAUUGAAUCUCUGGUAGGUCGGUCGUUUUUGCCUCGAGGAACAGGCAUUGUCACAAGACGACCAUUGAUUCUUCAACUCAUAUACUGUCCCAUGGAUGAUCGAGAACAUCGAUCAGCUGACAAAGGAACAAUGAAUACGGAGGAAUGGGGAAAAUUCCUUCACACCAAAAACAAAAUCUUCUCAGACUUCAAUGAAAUUCGCAGGGAAAUUGAAGAUGAAACCGAACGAAUGGCUGGUGGAAACAAAGGAAUCUGUCCCGAGCCAAUUAACUUAAAAAUUUACUCUACUCGCGUCGUUAAUUUAACUCUCGUUGAUUUACCUGGCAUCACAAAAGUCCCUGUUGGCGAUCAACCUGAAGACAUUGAAGAUCAGAUCAAAGAGCUCAUUGCGAAGUACAUUGAGAACCCAAAUUGUAUUAUAUUAGCAGUAACAGCAGCAAACACAGACAUAGCAACAAGUGAAUCGUUAAAAUUCGCUAAGGAAAUUGAUCCUGAUGGUCGUCGGACACUUGCAGUCCUUACAAAGCUGGACUUAAUGGACGCUGGAACAGAUGCCAUUGAUAUCCUUUGUGGUCGUGUGAUUCCUGUAAAAUUAGGCAUCAUUGGAGUGAUGAAUCGAUCACAACAAGACAUCAUCGAUAACAAAGGAAUUGAGGAUCAGUUGAAAGACGAAGCCGCUUAUCUUCAAAGAAAAUAUCCGACAUUGGCGACACGUAACGGAACUCCAUAUUUAGCAAAAACCUUGAAUCGAUUACUCAUGCAUCACAUUCGCGAUUGUUUGCCUGACCUCAAGACCCGAGUGAAUGUAAUGUCCUCGCAAUUCCAGUCGUUGUUGAAUUCAUAUGGCGAAGAUGUCACUGAUAAAAGUCAGACGUUGUUACAAAUCAUUACAAAGUUUGCGAGUGCUUAUUGUGCGACGAUUGAAGGAACGUCAAAGAACAUCGAGACGACGGAACUAUGUGGUGGUGCAAGAAUGUGUUACAUUUUUCAUGAAACUUUCGGUCGAACACUCGAUUCAAUUCAUCCUUUAACGGGAUUAACAAAAAUGGAUAUUCUUACAGCUAUAAGAAAUGCAACUGGUCCAAGACCAGCACUUUUCGUUCCUGAAGUAUCAUUUGAAUUGCUUGUUAAACGUCAGAUUCGUCGUCUUGAAGAACCGUCACUUCGUUGUGUUGAAUUGAUUCAUGAAGAAAUGCAACGAAUCAUCCAACAUUGUGGCACGGAAGUGCAACAAGAAAUGCUUCGAUUUCCUAAGUUACAUGAGAAGAUUGUUGAUGUCGUCACGCAAUUAUUGCGACGUCGUUUGCCGACAACAAAUGUUAUGGUUGAGAAUUUAGUCGCCAUUGAGCUUGCUUAUAUUAACACAAAACAUCCAGAUUUUCAUAAAGAUGCAGCUCUUGUCCCCAGCUUAUUGAAGAAUGAUCAAAUCGAUCCAUGGAAUAGCACGCCAGGUAAUCCUCCGUCCCGUCGUGUUAUGAAAAUGCCAACAUCAGCACCAACAGUCGGACAACAGCAAAGUUCCGAACGAAAUGAUUCCGAUGCGUCGUUGACGAAUCAUGCCGGUGAUAAUUCAACUUGGCUGUCAAAUAUUUUACCGCCAGCUCGAAACGGAAGCACAGAAAGCUCACAAUCAAAUACUCCCACGCACAGUGUAAUGAGUCCAAUGAAACCUGUUAACUUAUUGCCAGAUGUUCCCAUCAACACAUCGACAAGACGAUUGACAGAUAAAGAGCAGAAAGACUGCGAUGUCAUCGAGCGACUCAUCAAAUCUUACUUUUAUAUCGUUCGAAAAUCAAUUCAAGACUCGGUGCCAAAAGCUGUCAUGCAUUUCCUGGUGAACUUUGUGAAAGACAAUGUUCAAUCGGAGCUCGUCACACAUCUCUACAAAUCGGAACGUGCUGAAGAAUUAUUAAACGAAUCCGAUCACAUCUCAUUAAGACGUAAAGAAGCAUCUGACAUGUUGCAAGCGCUGACUCGCGCUAAUCACAUCAUCAGUGAGAUCCGCGAAACUCACAUGUGGUAAAUGAUUGAAUGACUUCGCUUCUUCUUUCUUCUUAGAUUUCGAUUUUUUUUUCUUUUAAACAAUAAAAGAAACUCGAAGCAUUUUUAUUCUUAUAAAUAUUUAGACUACCAAGAACUUUAUGCGGUAGAGAUUGACAUAAUUUUUGUUUCUUCUUAUCUUUUCUCUUUUAAUUUUAUUUUUAUCUAUCAAUGAACCCCACGAAUGACAAUUGAAAGUAUUUCAAUUUGAAGAAGAAGAAAAUUUAAGCUUUUGAACAUGUUUUUCGAAUUGUUGAUAAACGAAUAAUUAAAAAUAGUUUAGAAGUUAAAUAUUUGGGGUCAAGAGUCAGUCAAUAUUAUUUUGUAAUUGAGAACAAGGAAUAAAUGUUUCGCAUCCAAAGUAUUGAUAUUUUAAUGGAACAAUUAGCACGAAUGAAUAAUUUACAAUUUGUCAGUUUUAAGUAGCUUAAGAAAGAGGAAAAAGAUCAGAUGAUGAAUUAUAAGAAUGUUUUGUUAAUUAAUUAAUUAAAAAUAGAUUAGAUACAUGGAAAAUAUGUUUGUAAGAUUUUUUGUUUUGUUUUUCUUCGGUGCUGAUUUUAAUGAUUUAAUGAUUUAAUGCUGAAAAAAGGUUGUUGAAUGAAGGUUCAAACUUUAAAGUUCAUGUCGUCAAAACCACUGCUGAAAUAAAUAAUCAAAUUCAAAUCAAGAAAACAAAGAAAAUCUCUCGGCAAAUGAAAAAGUUUGCUUUUCUUUAUUAAUCGAGUCUAAAAUUAAUACAAAGUUUUUACCACAAAAAAGGCAAAAAUCAUUUUAAAAAAUGUAUAAAUUCCAUUAAAAGCAUUUUCCCGAAUAAUUUUCUAUGUAAAUUUCGGAAUUGAGUGGAAGAAAAGUUUUUCUUUCAUUACUUAAUUACUCACAUGUUAAUAAACGACGACAUUAGCUACAAUUUCAACCUUACAACUUAAAUAACUUAAUUAAUACAAUGCUAAUUGAUAUGAAGACAUAAGCUUUUUGUUAUUUGUUAAGCAAUCUGACCGAUAGUUAAAACAGCUCUUUAAAAACUUUAAACAACCAUCUAGGAAAUUAUUAAGAAAAAUAAAAUUAAAUCCAAUCAUUCAUUUGUUUCAUUUGAUUACAAAAUUUCAUUUCCGUUAAUUGCUGAUCUUAAUAAUCUAAACAUUUAUGUUACUAAUACUUAAGGCUUGAACGCUUGCUUACAAUUUUUGUAUUAUUUUUUUUCACUUCAACUGAUUGAGCAAAUUAAUUACGAGCAUAAAAACGAAAGGCAAGCAUGAUUCUUUAAUUAAAUUUCUAUGUUGUUCAAUUAGGAAUUUUGAAAAUGUUGUAAAGACAAAAAAAAUCUUUUUAGUCAG